AUGGCCACGAUAACCUCAGGGCAGUCCCACGGGGCCAGCAACGGCGUCGAAAGCCACGUCCGUUUCAUUCCGCUCUCCUACGAUGGCAGCUGCUCCGAGUCGUCAGCCCUGCAACUCGUCACCGAACUGCGCCCGGAGUGGAAGAGCCCCGACUCCCAAAUCGAAUUCGUCCGCUUCACCGACGGCAUCACCAACACCCUCCUCAAAGCGAUCAACAAGCGUCCCGGCCUCUCCAAAGAGCAAAUCGACCAUGAAGCCGUGCUGCUGCGAGCCUACGGUCACGGUACCGACAUCCUCAUCGACCGGCAGCGCGAAACGCAAAACCACGAGCUCCUCAUGCAGCACGGCCUUGCCCCGGAGCUGCUCGCCCGCUUCAAGAACGGCAUGAUGUAUCGGUACAUCCGCGGGCGUGUGACGUCGCCGUCGGACCUGCGCAGGCCGGAGAUAUACCUAGCGGUGGCGCGAAGGCUGGCGCAGUGGCAUGCCACGGUGCCGUGCCUGCAUUCUACGUUUGCCGAGCGGAACGGCCUGGUCGGCAAGACGAACACCCCCUACGAGGCGGCUGUCGACCUUGCGGCGCCGGGGAAACCGCCGCCGAACGUGUGGACCGUGAUGCAGAAGUGGUUGUUGGCGCUGCCGACAGAGACGGAGAAGGAGAGGGGGAGGCAGGCGGAGCUGCAGAAGGAGUUUGUCUGGUUGACGACCGAGAUGAGCCAGAGGCCCGGGUUGGGAAAGAACGGGCUGGUAUUUGCCCACUGCGACCUCCUCAGCGGCAACGUGAUCGUCGAGCCCAAAGCGGACGCCGCCGUCACAAACGGCGAGGGCUCCCAGGAGACGGUGAGCUUCAUCGACUAUGAGUAUGCGACGCCCUCGCCGGCGGCCUUCGACCUGGCCAACCACUUCGCCGAGUGGGGCGGCUUCGACUGCGACUACAGCGUGCUGCCCACGCGGGCGCAGCGCCUCGAGUUCAUCCAGGAGUACAUCAAGACGUACUUCCGCCUGCUGCCCGAGCGGCCCGCCGCCCUGGAUGAGGAGAAGGAAGUCAAAACGCUGUUUAAGGAGGUGGACAAGUUCCGCGGCGCGCCUGGCUUCUAUUGGGGCAUUUGGGCGUUGAUACAAGCCAAGAUUUCAUCGAUAGACUUUGACUACGCUUCCUAUGCCGAGACAAGGUUGGGGGAGUACGAGGCGUGGCGGGCGGAGGAUACGGGAUUGAGGGCCAAGCAGGGUACGGAACCAUCCCUGAGGGAGAAGAGGUGGGCUCAGGACGAGUAG